UACAAACACCAUUCGGCGGCCGGACCCAGAAACAAUCGCGUUGAUUAAUAUGAUAGGCUUCUGUUUUUAAAUAUAGGAAACAAAUUGUUUUAAAUCAGGUUCUUAAAAUUAGGAUGACUUGCUCAGGCGUUAGUUGGCAAGAUCUCAAGCAUUUAAGUGAUUCCUGUUUUGUGCCUGUGUUAAAACAAGAUUUGGAUGACGUACCCUUACAAAGCGAUCACUUCAAUGAAUACAGAAAUGUCUUGGAAUUGCAACUACCCAUACUGUAUGAUUUGCUGCAACAGAAACAGGAGUGGAUCUUCGGAAGCGAUGAGCCGGAAGCGUGCGAGACACUUGCCAACUUAUUAGUCCUCUUGUGCGAGGUAACUGCUCAAAAUACAAUUUACGGACUAUCGCAUGAGAGCAUAGAAAGAAACGGGAAUCGAGUUCUACGGGAGCAUAUUCCUUUACAGAGAAUGGUUGUGGAACGAAUCAUCUUUGAAUUUUAUCAGAAAAAACUAAGGAAAGAUGUAUGGAAAAGGCAAUUGGGGUCAAUUCAUGGAUUUCUCCGUUUUUUACAGUUACAAUACAGUGGGCAAAUGCUUCCAAAGCAGUGGGUUCAUUUCUGCUUAUCAGUAGGUCUAACUGUGCGUGAAAGCCAUGAUCCUACUUGUAAAAAAAUUGGAGUAUUGAUAUUUCAGUUAAUUUUGAAUAGCGGUGAUUUUUCGCAUCUACAAAAACAAAACAUACACAGCGUAAUUUAUGAUUCAGCAUAUAAAGAUGUGGAUUUUUUGGACUCUGUUGAAGCGGCUACUGAUACCUGGAAUUGCUUGUACACAUGCUUAAGAUUCUUUGAGGAUUUAGAUAGCUUUAACUGGAGUCAACUAGAUGACCUUAUGGAAAAAGCUCUUAAAAAUAUAACAAUGGCUUCUAAUAAUCUAGUCUCGCUUUGCCAUUUGCAAUUCGUCAUUAAAUUUGGAGCAUAUUUCGUGAUAAAUCAAAAUGAUAUCUUAUAUCAUUGCGAAGCAGAUCUUAACGACCCAAAUACCUUAGAACAGUGUCGAGCUAUUUGCGCUACAAACAACUCGUAUACAAUUUUUCGUUGGGCAAAAGACAUUUUAAAUAUGUUUAAUGUAAAUUCAUAUAAAUUGAUGCAGGAUAAAGAGAUUUCGCAGAAAUUUUUAUUGGAACUACACAAAUGUUAUUUGGUAUGUAUUCUGCCAAUCAAAUUGGAAAUAAUCGGUCCACACUUAAUAACAUUUAUGGAGAAGUUCACGUCGGUUUUAAUGGAGGCCAUCAAUGCUCACAGAAUGGAUAUAGAAAUCAUUAAGUUGACACGAGCUACUUUGGAAACAUUCGCAUUGCAACUGCAUCAUUACCCUGACUCUCUUGAUAAUAAAGACUUCGCCAAGCUGCACAAAGCUCUAGAUAAACUUCUAAAGCAAAAUAUUUUUGUACAAAAUAAAUGAAUUUUCGUUUAUUGUAAACAUUUAAGAAAUAAAAUGCACAUUUCUUGAACAAAAUUUUAAAAGAUAAAAAAAAAUACAAUUACAACUGGAUGUGCAUACGCAAUAGUAAAAAAUUGGAUUUCACGGUACAGUGUGCUUGGAUUUUGCUUGCUGGAAAAAUAAGAGUAUUUUAGGUAGAAAAAAUCUGAAUACAUAU